GCGGGAGGGUCGUUUGAGAGGGAGAGGGAGAAAAGAAUACCUACGCAGGAUAGAAACGGCUGACAGUACGCCGCCAGCUUGACAGCCCCCACCUUAUGUUUAUCUUCUCGGCCACGCCGGUAUACCCACUCACGAGGUCACCCAUGCCCCCAUGCACGGGGGAAACCAAACAUGGAAUCAGAGGAGCUAUCAUCGUAGUCUUCUUCCCAAAUCCUCUCUCUCGAUUUUUUUUUUUGGGGGGGGGGGGCGGUUUUCUUUUUUUCUUUUCCUGGAUAACUACUCAUACAUGUUGUUUAGGUGGCCAUCCGGGGUCAUCUUGGCCCCCCGUCCCCCCCCUUGCCGCGCUAUAUACGCUAUCCUGGCUUCAAAUGUACAGUUGCGGAUUCCUUUGACUGGCGUUUUAGUCGAAUUCUUCCUUGUCAGUUUGCCAUUUCUGUUUGUCUUAGCUCACUUCGCUGUUAGACCAGACCGGGUGGCGGCCAGCGCAAAAAUACAUCAUAGCUAGCCCAUCCAUAGUAGCGCUCACCAGGUUGCCAACCAGGUAGGCAAUCCAAGGGCACCUAUACACGUACAACUCAUCUACCUCUUUAUAGAGAUAUCUGGAGGGUCGGUG